CCAACACUAACAUGGCACGCUUGAAUGAGCAAGAAAUGUGGCCAUUUAUUAGCAGUAGACAUUGUAUGUAUAUUUCAUAUUCAUAUACGAAGACGGAAAGCCCAAGUUAAUAUUUAGAAACAUUUAAUGCAAGAUGGAGCAAUUACAAUUUGCAAACGAAAAGGAAGAUAUGGUGAUGGCAGAUGAACAACCGCAUAGAUUAAAAUGGAAGAACAAAAUGGAUUUUUUACUUUCCUUAAUUGGAUACGGAGUCGGACUCGGUAAUAUCUGGAGAUUUCCAUAUGUGUGUGCUAUGAAUGGAGGAGCCGUAUUCCUUAUCCCGUAUGGAAUUUUCAUGAUAUUGUUAGCUUUUCCACUGACCUUCUUAGAGCUAUCUCUUGGGCAGUAUUCCGGGAAAAGUACCUAUGACGUUUGGAACAUCUGUCCGGCAUUCCGAGGUUUAGGAGUAUCUAUGAGUUUUAUGUCGGGAAUAUGUAAUUUAUAUUACCAAAUGAUUCUAGCUUGGAUUUUAUACUAUUUGAUUCAUUCCUUCAUGUCACCGUUACCAUGGACAACCUGUGAUAAUUGGUGGAAUACAGACACGUGUUUUCUUCAUCAAAAAAUGGCAAACAAUUAUACGGGAAUGGGGAUGAAUGUUACAACCAAUGUAACAGAUAACAUGUCGAAUGUUACAGCCUAUACGUUAGGUGAUGCUGGAUAUUCCCUGAUUACAGGAGAAAAUAAUACCAACAUUUCCAAUAGGGUCUACACUGCUUCAGAGGAAUUUUGGAACUACAAUGUAUUAAGGAUAUCAAGUGGGUUAGAAGAGUUUGGUAGUGUGCAAUGGCAUAUGGCUGUUGCACUCUUAGCUGGUUGGAUAAUCAUAUUUCUUUGCAUUGUAAAAAGUGUGAAAUCCGUAGGCAAGGUAGUAUAUGUGACGGCUACAUUACCUUACAUCAUUAUAACAAUCAUCUUAAUCAGAGCUGUUACUUUACCUGGUGCUAUAGAUGGCAUCAAAUUCUACAUAAUUCCUGAUUUUACUAAACUAGCUAAUCCGCAGGUAUGGUCCCAGGCUUUGGUGCAGAUGUUUUUUUCUAUGGGUAUGGGCUGGGGGGCAUUCAUCACCAUGGCAAGUUACAAUAAAUUUAAUAAUAAUGUCUUGAGAGACACUAUAAUAUAUUGCUUUGCUGGCGAGGGGACCAGUUUUUAUGCUGGUUUUGUUGUUUUCUCUGUUCUUGGUUUCAUGUCACAUAAGACUGGUUUAAACAUUGCUGAGAUUGUACGCACAGGUCCAGGUUUAGUGUUUAUAACAUAUCCAGAAGCUUUGGGCCAAUUACCAUUACCACAGUUGUGGUCGAUACUUUUCUUCCUAAUGCUUGUGUGUGUUGCUUUGGAUUCAAUGUUUGUUACCGUGGAAGUAUGCGUCACGACAAUCACAGAUUUGAUACCAAAAGCUUCUUCAAAAAUACGUGUUAUGAUAACAGCUGUUACUUGUUUACUGAUGUUCCUCGUCACUUUAAUAUAUGCAACUCAAGCAGGGAUAUAUAUAUUUCAAUUAGUGGAUUGGUACAUAGCGGCCUUUACACUAUUUCUUGUAACUGGUCUUGAGGCGGUUGUUAUUGGGUGGAUAUACGGAGCUGAUCGGUAUUUUGAUGAUAUGGAAAUGAUGUUAGGAAAACGACCAACAAUCUUGAUUAAGAUUCUUUGGAAAUUUGUGAAUCCGGCCAUUUUAUCUGUAAUUCUUGUAUUCACUUUAGUUCAAUACCUACCACCUACUUAUGGAGACUAUGUGUAUCCGCCAUAUACUAGUGCUAUAGGAUGGUUUAUAGCUUUAAUAUCGGCGGUACCUAUACCUAUAUGGAUGAUCCGAGAAUUCAUUAUGAGAAAAGGUCCAUUGUUACAGAGAAUAAAAUCAUCGUUUGAACCCAGCGAAGAAUGGGGCCCUGCAAAGGACUAUAAACUUGCCAGUGAAGCAAGUUCUGAACAAAAUCUCUGAAAAUUCUACUAUUUAUGCAUUAAAUGGUUUGUAAAUACAGACCUGGAAUGAUUAGUCAUUUUUAUGAUAAUAGUUUCUUUUGAUUCAUAUUUUACUUCAUAGUCGUUUUCAAUAAUUGCAGCAUAAAUCUCUGAUUGACUGAGAUUUAUCAUCUAUUGGACAAUAGAAUAUGGCUUCCGUUUUUGAAAUCCACAUCAGUUUAGUUGACUUGUGCCUAUUUCAACUAAGAAUGAUUUUCCAGUUACUUAAUUGGCUGCUGUAUCCUUCAUUUUAUCCACUACAUGUCUUCGUCGUUGUUUUGGUUGGUGGCAGAAUUUACCAAGUGGUAACGUAAGAUUACGUACGUAGGGUUCAGGAACGUUGUCAAUAUUUGACGAAAAGUUCCAUUGCCAAUGCGUAACGGGAGUUUUUUUUAUGUGGUUGAUUAUCCAGAAUCUUUGGCCAAGUCAAGUAAGAGUUGCACCCCUUCCCGCAAUAAAUCCCAUAAUUCUUGCAUUAUCAUAAACAAACAUAAAUCCUAACGACGAAUUAGGAUUAAUUAAAAAAACAUAUGGCCCAUGAAGAGAGAAAUUUUACAAUAAAAAAAAGAUUAAGAGUGUUGGAUUGAACUGGCAAUGCAAUAAAAUGGAUUUUCUGAAAUGACAUGAUUAAUUUCAUGGGCGUAGACAUCUUAUUUUAGGACUAGUUACCUCCUUUAGACUUUAUUUAUUUUAAUGUAAAAGACCGGAUAAUCUAGCCAAUGACCAAUUGUUCUCGAAUGUUAACAACGCAUCCAGACUAAUAUUCGUAGAAUAUUUUUGGGGGAUGAUAGAGACUAUACUGCUCUAUGUCACAGCACAGAGCAGUAUUAACGGCAUCACCGAUAACAGAUGCCCAAUGGUCACCAAAGAAACAUAUGUUAUGUGUUAUGUUUUUUCUCGAAUAGAGAAGAUUUGACUUAAACUCAAGAUAUAAAAAUACAUCUUAGUGAGAAAUUUUAUUUACAAAAUAACACCAACCAAAUUAUUUGAUAAUGUGAUUUUGGGUAUGUGCUAACGAGACCAAUGGAUCUAGACAGUGUUAUUGUUAUAAUUCUUUGUUUUGUGUUGAUUUUACAUAAACAUUAAUAAAAUAAAGUGUAAUAAAAACA